AUGGAGUUCGGCGUGUCCAGACGAGUUGUGACCAUCGCACUAGCAGUGCUGAUUAUCAUCUAUGUCAUCCGGCUUACGCCAAGAGAGGCAGUUGCCAACAGAACAAAAUCGUUUUUCGACUCGACUACCGGCGUCCUCAAGUCUGCGGCCGACAGCACGGCCGAUGUCACCGCUGAUGACGAUCGUCCGGCCUUUCACAUACGAGACAAAGUUGCUCUCCUGACCGACACCCAGUUCUCGCCUCGCACGAUCCCGCUCAUCCUGCACUUUCACGCCGUUCUUGGCCCCGACUGGCCCAUCGUCUUUUACACCUCCGAGGAGACUGCGAACGCCCACCUGCGCAACGGUCAAAACGGUUCUGCCGUCUGGAACCGUGCUGUCGCCAGCGGCGCUAUCGAUGUCCGCAUCAUCCCCGACGAGUACAACAUGACCACCCGAGAGGGCGUCAACGUCUACCUGUCGCGUCCCUGGCUGUGGCGCCAGCUGGCGCCUGCCAGCCACGUCCUCGUCUUCCAGACAGACGCCAUGAUCUGCGCCAACGCCCACCGCACCGUCGACGACUUCCUCGAGUGGGACUUUAUCGCUGCGCCCCUGCACACCACCCAGAAGCUCUUCAACGGCGGCCUUUCCCUGCGCAACCGCACCAUGAUGCUCGAGAUCCUCGACGAGGACAACAACUGGGAGGUCGAGACCGCUGCGGGCACAUGGACUCUCGGCGGCGAGGACAUCUGGUUUUCUCGCAAGAUGGACCUGCGCGGUGCCCACCUGCCCACCUUUGACCAGGCCAUCAAGUUCGCCUGCCAGCACGAGUGGCACACCAGCCGCGAGAAGGAGCCGCUCGGUUAUCACAAGGUCCACAAGGUAGCCCAGUCAUCACUGCCCGAAAUCACAAAAUGGUGCCCCGAAAUCGCCCUGGCAGCUCCGGGAACGCUGGCCCAGUGA